AUGAGGAGCAACCUGAACAUGGCCAUGGUCUGCAUGCUGAACUCGACAGUGUUGGCGCAGGAACGGGCACAGAAGUUCAUCAUGAUCGGCAACGUGAGCCACCAAGUUGACGACUGCCCAAUUCUGGAGAUUGGAAACCGGAAACCGAUGGAACAUCGCGGCACCUUUGACUGGAGCUCCCAAGAGCGCGCCGUCCUCUUUGCCAUGUUCUACGUAGAAAAGGCCCAUAUUGAUGAGGGACGGAAGAGCAAUCCGCAUACGGAGAAGCCGCGCUGGGGAGUGCUGCUGAAAUCGCCGCUAAUCUGGUCGCUGGCCGCCUGCUCGUUGUGUCAUAAUUUUAUCACCGUCGGGACCGUCACCUAUUUGCCGCUCUACUAUCGUACCGUGCUGAACAUGAGCUUGACCUCGAAUGGAAUCUUCUCGGCAUUGCCGUUUGUUGCGCAGUUUUUUUCGAAGGUAGCCUUCGCCUCCUUCGCCGACGAGGCCAAGAAGCGCAAGUGGAUGAGCAUCACCGCAGCCACAAAAAUCUGCAAUUCCAUGGCCUCAUUCGGCAUCGGCUUCUGCUUCCUGGGGCUCUGCUUUUUCGACUGCCAACUCCGAGGUUGGGCCAUCGCCGCGGUGUUUGGGGCCAUGAUUUUCGUGAGCGGCUACGUGCCCGGGUACAAUACAAGCGUGGUUUGCGUAGCCCCCUCACAGACGGCGGCCAUCGCGUCGUUUACGCGGUUCUGGGGCCAGGUCGGCUCCUCGGUGGCUCCGUAUAUGAUUGGAGCGCUGGCAAAAACGGGUACACUGGAUGAGUGGAAACACGUCUUUGCCACCAUCGUCUUUCUCUGCUUCUCCUCCGGCGUUUUCUUCCAGAUCGUCGGCUCAGCCUCGAUCCAGGACUGGGACACUUCUGCCCAGUGCACCGAGAUGAAGCUCAUCGAGGCCAAGCCGGAACCGGAAAAGCUGACAGAAACCCAGAAUCCGGAAGAAGUCCCAUUGGAUGACCCAAAACUACAAAGUACAACC